AUGCCGCCAACACCAGCCCCACCCACCGCCCUGUCACCAUCCACAACCCUCUACGCCAUCUGCUUCUAUAGUACCGUCCUAAAUAUCCUCUGCCUUGGCCUCUUUGUCACACUCGCCCAAACGAUCGUCUUCUUCCUCCAACUCCUCCUCUUAUGGCUUGGUUGCUGUGGCAGCAGGGACGAGCAUGAAGGCAGAUUUGGCUUUUCCAACGACGAAGAAGGUGGGGAGAAAAGGGCAUAUACAGUGGAUAUGCUAGAUGAAUAUGUGGUUAGGGCGAGGCCAGAAUUGCUUUCCCCUAAUGCGUGGCAUGAUGCCGCGCAGAGACAAGUAGUUGCAGUCGAGCCGCGCGAUUUUACACAGUGCGAUGAGUCGGGCGAAGGCGUAGCCCUACAGAUUGGAGAAAUGGAGCCACUAGUGGCGCGGUUUGGAACCGUACCGAAUUAUGGCAGUGUUGGUUUUUCCAUCAUCAUGUCUACACCAGGGCAAUCUCCGACCGCCGAUACAAAAACCUUCGAACUCCCUCCAACAAACAUGGGCAUCUCCUUCCUGAAGCGCUACUCAACGCAGCUCUUCCAGCCCACAGCCACUAAUCCCAACGGCGACAGUGAGAACGCUCCCCCGAAGCUCCUGAAUCCCAGCACCUUCCCUCUGGACCUCCGUUCUGCUCCACAGCAAUGCCGAGCAAUAUCCGAACCCACACAGCAAGCGCUCAUCCAGCGCCAAAUCGAAGCCGCAGCGCGCGUCCACAGGCUGCGCUCCUCGCUCGGCCUCGUAGCACCGCGGCGAAAGCACUCGAGCAUUGCUUCUACACAACAACGCCCGGAACUAAGCGAAGCGAAGCACAGGCAGAGGGAUAGCGCCGUGGUAUUUGCUUCAGAGCCCGUUCUCCCACCGCUCGGACAAGAUUUCUUGUGGCUUUCCAUGAUGUUUGUUACGAAGCCGCCCCCGAACGUGAAGUGCCGGAUCUGUUUGGGAGCGAUGAACUCGUGGGUAUGGAGGGAGGGUGUGGCUUGGAGAUUACAUGGAUGCGGGCAUUAUGUGCAUGUUACGUGUUUUGAGAGCAUGGAGUGGGUAGAUGGCGAGGGGUUCCCUUUCAGCCGUGCAGAAAAGGAGGGCGGGAAUGAAGAGCUAGGGAGAAAAUGCUGGACUUGCGAGGGCAUGAAGCGAGAAGCGAAUGUGGUUAAGAAAGCAGAGCUGCAGGGGCGCAUUCAGCGCAUGGGGGAGAUGGUAUUCCCCUGGAAGGUGGACUUUCAUCGUGUCGAUGCUGAGCAAGGUAUGACUCCCAAGCUGUAACGUUGAGUUCGUUCCUGCUCGGUUACACACAAUGGAGGCCUCCAGGCUGAGCGUUCCUGACGCCGACACAGAUGCU